CUUCUCCAGCGCGCCCACUCCACCACUCUCCCGGCUCCCGGCCACCCCGCCGCCGCCGCCGCUCGCCGGCGCAUGCAGUCGGUCCCUCUGGUCUCAUGACACAACGCGCUGCCGGCUAGCUACUGGUCGAUCAGCCUUCGCCGUUAAUUAAGUAGGAUAGAGAGCGCGAUGGAGAAGGUGUGGGAGUCCGGGCGGCGGAUGAGCAGGAGCAUCGGGCGGGGGAUGGGGAUGGAGGCGUGGGGGGUCGACGAGGCCUUCAUGCCGCAGAACGCCGGCGGGAGCAGGAGGAGCGGCAGGCGGAGCGGCCGCGGCGGCACCGCCGACGACGACGAGGAGGCCCUCCGCUGGGCCGCCAUCGAGCGCCUCCCCACCUACAGCCGCAUGCGCACCGCCAUCCUCUCCUCCGCCGAGGCCCAAGCCGCCGAGGCCGCCCACGCCCACGCCGCCUCCGCCGCGCAGUACAAGGAGGUGGACGUCCGCCGGCUCGGCGUCGGCGAGCGGCAGGAGUUCAUCGAGCGCGUCUUCCGCGUCGCCGAGGAAGACAACCAGCGCUUCCUCCAGAAGCUCCGCAACCGCCUCGACAGGGUCGGCAUCGAGCUGCCGACGGUGGAGGUGCGGUUCGAGCAGCUGACGGUGCAGGCGCGGUGCCACGUGGGCAGCCGCGCGCUGCCGACGCUGCUGAACACGGCGCGCAACAUCGCGGAGGGCGCGCUGGGCCUCGCCGGCGUCCGGCUGGGGCGCCAGGCCACGCUGCCCAUCCUCCGGGGCGUCUCCGGCGCCGUCCGCCCCUCGCGGAUGACGCUGCUGCUCGGCCCGCCGUCGUCGGGGAAGACCACCCUGCUCCUGGCCCUCGCCGGCAAGCUGGACCCCUCGCUCCGCUCCUCCGGCGAGGUCACGUACAACGGCUUCGGGCUCGACGAGUUCGUGCCGCAGAAGACGGCGGCGUACAUCAGCCAGACCGACGUGCACGUCGGCGAGAUGACCGUCAAGGAGACGCUCGACUUCUCGGCGAGGUGCCAGGGCGUCGGCACCAAGUACGAUCUCCUGACCGAGCUGGCCAGGAGGGAGAAGGAGGCCGGCAUCCGCCCGGAGCCUGAGGUUGAUCUCUUCAUGAAGGCUACUUCCAUGGAAGGAGUGGAGAGCAGCCUUCAGACAGAUUACACCCUCAGAAUACUGGGGCUCGACAUAUGCGCGGACACGAUCGUCGGCGACCAGAUGCAGAGGGGGAUCUCUGGCGGUCAGAAGAAACGCGUCACUACUGGUGAGAUGAUUGUCGGUCCAACAAAGGUGCUAUUCAUGGAUGAGAUAUCAACUGGAUUGGACAGUUCCACUACAUUCCAGAUUGUAAAAUGCCUGCAGCAAAUUGUGCACUUGGGAGAGGCCACCAUCUUGAUGUCACUCCUACAGCCAGCCCCUGAGACAUUUGAGCUAUUCGAUGACAUUAUCCUACUAUCAGAAGGCCAGAUUGUUUAUCAGGGACCCCGUGAAUACGUGCUUGAAUUCUUUGAGUCCUGUGGAUUUAGCUGCCCAGAGCGCAAGGGCACUGCAGAUUUUCUUCAGGAGGUGACAUCAAAGAAGGAUCAGGAGCAGUACUGGGCUGACAAGCAUAGGCCAUACAGAUACAUUUCAGUCUCUGAAUUUGCACAGAGAUUUAAAAGGUUCCAUGUUGGGCUCCAACUUGAGAAUCAUCUCUCAGUCCCAUUUGAUAAAACUCGUAGCCAUCAGGCUGCCCUUGUCUUCUCGAAGCAAUCGGUGUCAACAGGAGAGCUCCUCAAAGCAUCCUUUGCCAAGGAAUGGCUCCUCAUUAAGCGCAAUUCAUUUGUGUACAUCUUCAAGACUAUCCAGCUCAUCAUUGUAGCCCUUGUCGCGUCAACAGUGUUUCUAAGGACCCAGAUGCACACAAGGAAUUUAGAUGAUGGCUUUGUGUACAUUGGAGCACUACUCUUCACUCUGAUUGUGAACAUGUUCAAUGGUUUUGCUGAGCUCUCUUUGACCAUCACAAGGUUGCCAGUGUUCUUCAAGCACCGAGACCUCCUCUUCUACCCUGCUUGGAUCUUCACUCUACCGAAUGUUAUUCUCAGAAUCCCCUUUUCCAUCAUUGAAUCUAUAGUCUGGGUGGUUGUAACAUACUAUACUAUAGGUUUUGCCCCAGAGGCUGACAGAUUCUUCAAACAAUUAUUGCUAGUGUUCUUGAUCCAGCAGAUGGCAGGUGGGCUUUUUAGAGCAACUGCUGGCCUGUGCAGAUCCAUGAUCAUUGCUCAAACUGGAGGAGCCCUGGCCCUUCUCAUAUUUUUUGUUCUUGGAGGAUUUCUUCUGCCAAAAGCAUUCAUCCCGAAAUGGUGGAUCUGGGGUUACUGGAUUUCACCCCUGAUGUAUGGGUAUAAUGCUCUAGCAGUCAAUGAAUUCUACUCUCCUCGGUGGAUGAACAAGUUUGUAAUGGACAACAACAACAUUCCUAAAAGACUAGGAAUAGCUAUGCUGGAAGGUGCCAACAUCUUUACUGACAAAAGUUGGUUCUGGAUUGGAGCAGCAGGCCUCUUAGGUUUCACCAUAUUCUUCAAUGUGCUUUUCACUUUGUCGCUCGUUUAUCUGAAUCCUCUGGGCAAACCACAAGCUGUCAUAUCUGAAGAAACUGCGAAGGAAGCGGAAGGCAACGGGGAUGCAAAACACACAGUAAGAAAUGGAAGCACAAAAUCAAAUGGUGGCAAUUACAAGGAAAUGAAGGAGAUGAGAUUGAGUGCUCGUCUGAGCAAUAGUUCAUCGAAUGGGAUUUCACGACUGGCGUCCAUUAGUAGCAAUGAAGCUGGUCCAAAAAGAGGAAUGGUUCUUCCAUUUACCCCUUUAUCCAUGUCUUUUGAUGAUGUGAACUACUAUGUCGACAUGCCUGCAGAAAUGAAACAGCAAGGAGUGAUGGAUGAUAGGCUCCAAUUGUUACGUGAGGUUACGGGAUCAUUUAGGCCUGGAGUUCUGACAGCACUCAUGGGAGUCAGUGGAGCUGGAAAGACAACUCUUAUGGAUGUUUUGGCAGGAAGAAAGACUGGUGGUUACAUUGAAGGAGAUAUGAGAAUUUCCGGUUAUCCCAAGAACCAAGCAACAUUUGCAAGGAUUUCUGGCUACUGUGAGCAAAAUGAUAUCCAUUCACCUCAGGUCACAGUUAGGGAGUCUUUGAUAUACUCUGCCUUCCUGCGUCUUCCAGAAAAAAUAGGAGAUCAAGAAAUCACCGAUGAUAUCAAGAUUCAAUUCGUUGAUGAGGUCAUGGAACUAGUGGAGCUCGACAACCUGAAGGACGCAUUAGUUGGCCUGCCAGGUAUCACGGGGCUUUCAACAGAGCAAAGGAAGAGAUUGACAAUAGCAGUGGAGCUUGUUGCAAAUCCCUCGAUCAUCUUCAUGGAUGAACCAACUUCAGGUCUAGAUGCAAGAGCAGCAGCCAUUGUUAUGAGAACAGUGAGGAACACAGUUGACACUGGACGGACAGUGGUUUGCACAAUACACCAGCCAAGCAUUGACAUAUUUGAAGCGUUUGAUGAGUUGCUACUAUUGAAAAGAGGAGGGCAGGUGAUAUAUUCUGGGCAAUUGGGUCGUAAUUCCCAGAAAAUGAUUGAAUACUUUGAGGCAAUUCCUGGUGUGCCUAAAAUCAAAGAUAAGUACAAUCCAGCUACAUGGAUGCUUGAGAUCAGUUCAGUAGCCGCAGAAGUACGCUUAAAUAUGGAUUUUGCUGAGUACUAUAAGACAUCAGACCUAUACAAGCAAAACAAGGUAUUGGUGAACCAGCUAAGUCAGCCACCGCCAGGAACAUCAGAUCUGCAUUUUCCUACAAAAUAUUCUCAAUCCAUCAUAGGACAGUUCAAGGCGUGCCUCUGGAAGCAACGGCUGACAUAUUGGCGCAGCCCAGAUUACAACCUUGUUAGAUUUUCCUUCACCUUAUUCACAGCCUUGCUACUCGGCACAAUCUUUUGGAAGAUCGGCACCAAGAAGGGAAAUGCUAAUUCUCUCAGAAUGGUCAUUGGAGCAAUGUAUACGGCAGUGAUGUUUAUCGGUAUCAACAAUUGUGCGACUGUGCAGCCAAUUGUGUCGAUUGAGAGAACAGUUUUCUACCGAGAGAGAGCUGCUGGGAUGUACUCUGCAAUGCCCUAUGCCAUUGCUCAGGUUGUCAUGGAGAUACCUUAUGUGUUCAUCCAAACUGCAUAUUACACCCUCAUUGUUUAUGCCAUGAUGAGCUUCCAAUGGACAGCAGCCAAGUUCUUCUGGUUCUUCUUCGUCUCCUACUUCUCCUUUCUCUACUUCACAUACUAUGGUAUGAUGACUGUGGCAAUCUCACCAAACCAUGAGGUUGCAGCCAUCUUUGCCGCAGCUUUCUAUUCCUUAUUCAACCUCUUCUCAGGAUUCUUCAUUCCGAGACCGAGAAUUCCCAAAUGGUGGAUCUGGUACUACUGGCUUUGCCCAUUGGCAUGGACAGUGUAUGGGCUCAUAGUGACACAAUAUGGAGACCUAGAAGACAUCAUCUCAGUACCUGGCCAAGGCAACCAGACAAUCAGCUACUAUGUUACUCAUCAUUUUGGAUACCACAGAAAAUUUGUGGCAGUUGUUGCGCCGGUGCUCGUGCUCUUCGCUGUAUUUUUCGCAUUCAUGUAUGCCAUUUGCAUCAAGAAGUUGAACUUCCAAAAUCGAUAGGAGCAUUGAAACAGCAGAUAAAAUCUGUGAGAAUUUUUUUGGUUUUGAACCAAAUCUUGUUUUGUCCUCCCCCACAAAAUAUCUUCUUUUAUCCUUACAUUUUUGUGGUCUAUUUAUGCUAUGUAAAUAUGCCCGUAGGUUUUUCUGUACUCCAUACAUCAUCAGAAGUUUCACAUGACCUUUUAGCUUCGGAAAUGUAAACGUUGUAAGAGCACUGCUGUGAGAAAUUUCGUUCAUGGCCUAUUCUUUGGAUUCCUUUAUGUCACAA